UGUUAUGCGAGAUGGUGAAAAUAUGAAAAGUGCAGCCAAUUAAAACGCGGUUUAACCCCUUUUAGAAAAGACGUGUAAGGGUUUGUUUCUUUGAUCACCGCAGUAGAAAUCUAUCAUUGCCGGUGACGCCUCUUCUACCGCUACUCUCUGGUGUGAGCAAAUACACAAGUGCAACAUGGCUAGCAGUUCAAGCUCUCAACUUCACCACAUUGACAAUGUCGAUGAUUCAUACUUCUCUGCUCUUCACGAUUAUGACGAAACCUUUCCUAUAUCUGAUGAAAAAUAUGCCGAAGAACUGCAACUUCAGGAGGCACUCGUAUCCAGCUCGCUAUUACUAAAACCUUCACCAAAUCAAAGCACGUCAACAGUAAACUCUUGUGCAUCAUCAUCGAAGCAGCCGUUAGUUUUCACAACAUCUGAAACAACUCAGAGCAUGUCUGACAUUUGCAUGGAUGCAAAGACAACAACGUUUCAAAACACCAAACCUGAAGCAACUCAGAGCGUGUGCGCCAUUUGCUUGGAACCGAAGACAGCAUCCGAAAUGUUUAAAAACACUAAGGUCUGCGGUCAUCAUUUCUGCACAAACUGCGUCCGCGAAUACGUAGCAGCCAAAAUAAAGGAGAACGUAACCAUGGUUAAGUGUCCCGACCUAAACUGCAAAGAGGUGAUAGGGCCUCAAGACUGUGAAUCUAUCGUUCCAAAAGAAGUGUUAGAACGAUGGGAGAGCAUUCUGUGCGAGUCUCUGAUCAUGGGUUCGGAGAAAUUUUACUGCCCGUUUAAAGACUGUUCGGCAAUGAUGGUGGACGAUGGUGGGGAAGCGGUGACGGUAUCGGAAUGCCCGAGCUGUAACAGACUGUUUUGCGCGCAGUGUAAGGUGGUGUGGCAUUGCGGGAUGAGCUGCGGUGAGUUUGAGAGUUGGAAGAAGGGUGAGUCGAAUAGAGAAGAUAACUUGUUGAUGGAUCUUGCCAAGAACAAAAACUGGAUGAGGUGCUCCAAGUGCAAGUUUUUUGUGGAGAAAGUUGAUGGAUGUAAACACAUUUCGUGCAGGUGUGGGCAUGAGUUUUGUUAUGGGUGUGGAAGUGCAUAUACAAACACUCAUGUGUGUGCAUCCGUUUGAUGUUUUUCUUAGCGGAAUUUGUAUCACGUGUGCUCCCCUACUUACUGGGUUUGAGACAUGUUUUUAUUGUUACCACUUACCAACACUAUGUGUCUUGUAAUUAGACUGGAAUUACCUGAAUGGAUACUAUGGAAAGGGAACCCUAUGUAUAUAUCGUUUGAUCUUAAUUGGUACCAAAUGUCCUCUA